AUGCAUGAUGCGCCAAGUGCAGGACACUUCGGCAUAAGAGCUACAACCGAUAGAACAAGGCAACGAUAUUUUUGGUCUAGUAUGGGGAGAGAUAUAAGGAACUACGUGGAAUCGUGCGAUAUUUGCCAACGACAAGGAAAAGUUUCACGAAACGAAGAACUGCAACCUAUAAAA